GAGAUGUUGAAAACAGCAAAUAGCCUCCUCAGCUAGAAACAAUUAUUCCAACCCUUCAUCUACUCAUUAUCCCCAACACACAAUGUCUAAAGCUACAUUCACUAUCUCUCGCGCCUCACUGAGUGAUGUGCCACGAAUAGGGGAGAUCUCCACCCGCGCUUUCGACAACGAUUCUCAUUCUCAGAUGAAGAUUAUGGGUCAAAAGCCCGGCUCUUUUGCGGAGGGAAUGGCCAUAGGCGCCCGCGCCUGGAUUGAGUCCCCGCGAGGUGUCCUUCUCAAGGCAACGGAUGACCGCGAUGGCACAAUUGCGGGCUCCAUGGCGUGGGGUUUCAGGGGCAUCGAACUCGAUGCUUCACCGGGCGAGGAUGGAAAAGCUACGGAGCAAGUGGAGGAGACUGUUGUGGAUGAUGAUGGCAAGGGCGAAGGGGUGACUGAGACAGAGGAGCCUAUCAUCUCGGGUGCCGAGAGGAUCAAUGAGCUUGAGGCCAUGACAAGCAAACACUUGCAUGACUUCAUGCACCGGAUCAUGCCGGAUGGUUCGAAGUGCAUUUUCAUGGGGGGCAUCACUGUAGAUCCAAAAUAUCAGGGUCAGGGCGUUGGUUCCCAGCUCAUACGAUGGGGAACCGAACAGGCAGACAGGCUGGGUGCUUUCUCUUGGGUGCACGCCUCUGAGGCCGGUUGGCCGGUGUUUGCGAAGCAUGGAUUCAAGGAAGUUGAGCGCCUGACGUUUGAUAUGGAUACAUGGGCCGUCGGACCGCCACCCAAAGAUGGCGUAUUUGGAGAUCGGGAGAGCUGGGGCCCAUAUACAUUUAGGUACAUGGUGCGCCAGCCUAUAGUCGCUUAGAUGCUGUCUACUUUCCUUGAUAUUAGGGCUUGAGUACGCUCAUUUGGACCAGGGCAGCCUUCUAGUCUUGGAGAAUCAUAACAUGAAACCCGCCAGUCUGAGACAAUGGCUAAGCCUUGGGUAAUGAAGAUGAAGAAAAGAACGGCAUAAGAAUUUCGAUUGUGACACCUUCA